AUGCACCUUCCUCCCACCAUGGAACCGCCACCACCAUACAAACACCUCCAUUCCGUCUCCUCCUUGCUCGACGACCUCUCCCUCCGCCACGCCGCCCACACCAGGCUCCAACCCACCACCUCCGGCGGCCUCUCCGGCGGCGAGCGCCGCCGCGUCUCCAUCGGCCUAAGCCUCCUCCACGACCCGGCUGUGCUCAUCCUCGACGAGCCCACCUCCGGACUCGACAGCGGCUCGGCCCUCAACGUCAUCCAAACCCUCCGUUCAGUCACCGACUCCCGUCACCGCACGGUCAUCCUAUCGAUCCACCAGCCGAGCUUCAAGAUCCUCUCCCUCAUAGACGAUAUCCUCCUCCUCUCCAAAGGAACCGUCGUCCAUCACGGCACAUUACCUUCACUCGAGGACUUUUUACUCAAAUACGGAUUCACAGUCCCGCCUCAACUCAAUCCGCUCGAGUACGCCAUGGAAAUACUGGACCAGCUACAGGAUAAAACUACAGAAUCACCCCCGCCAGAAAAUGUGCCGGAAAAUCCCCCGGCCACCACCGACAGCUCGGAAAAGGACGAGAUUAGAUACAAAAGCUCGAGAUACCACGAGAUAAUCAUGCUGUACAGCAGGCUAUGGAAAAUUAUCUACAGAACAAAGCAGUUACUUUUAACAAACACCUUGCAGGCAUUGGUGGUGGGGAUUGUGCUCGGCACUGUUUACAUCAACAUCGGCCUCGAUAAAACCGGAAUCGAGAAGAGAUCGGGCCUGUUCGCGUUUACCCUAACCUUUCUCCUCUCGUCCACGACCGAAACCCUGCCAAUUUUCAUCGGCGAGCGGCCGAUUAUCCUCCGGGAGACCUCGAGCGGAGUCUACAGGCUCUCGUCGUACAUAAUCGCCAACACGCUGGUUUUCCUACCCUACCUGCUCGCGAUCGCCGUCCUCUACUCGGCGUCGGUGUAUUUCCUCGCCGGUCUCUGCUCCGAGUGGCCCGCAAUUCUGUACUUCGUGCUCGUGAUUUGGGUGAUACUUCUGAUGGCGAACUCGUUCGUGCUGUUCCUGAGCUCGAUCGCGCCGAAUUUCAUCGCGGGGACGUCGCUUGUGACAGUGCUUCUGGCCGGAUUCUUCCUGUUCUCCGGCUACUUCGUGUCGAAGGGCAGCUUGCCGAGGUUCUGGCUGUUUAUGCACUACCUGUCGAUGUACAAGUACGCGCUGGACGCGCUGCUGAUCAACGAGUACUCAUGCCUUCUGUCGACGUGCCUGGUGUGGAUCGACGGCGGGAGGAGGACGGCGUGUAUGGUGACGGGGCGCGACGUGUUGCAGAAGAAGGGGCUUCACGAAGGGCAGAGGUGGAUGAAUGUGUACGUGUUGAUCGGGUUUUUUGUCCUGUAUCGGGUUCUGUGUUUGGCGGUGCUGAUGAGGAGGGUUUCAAGGUCUAAAAGGUGA